CCAAGCCGAGUUCCGGUUCCGGUGGCUGCGGCCGCAGGCGGGCAGUGAAGCUGGGUUCAGCGCACUCUUACCACUUCAGGUCGGCGCCUGCCCUCUGCCGCACUCUGGGUGGCCACACCUCGGGGGCCUGUGCUGCCCCCGACACCCUUUCCGGGCGAUGGUACCGCCCGAGGGCGCGUCCGUCCCCCGCCGUCGCUGACCCGGGUCCCCCGCUCCAUGGCCGCCUCGGCGCCGCCCCCACCGGACAAGCUGGAGGGAGGUGGCGGCCCCGCACCACCCCCUGCGCCGCCCAGCACCGGGAGGAAGCAGGGCAAGGCCGGUUUGCAAAUGAAGAGCCCAGAAAAGAAGCGAAGGAAGUCGAACACUCAGGGCCCUGCAUACUCGCAUCUGACGGAGUUUGCGCCACCCCCGACUCCUAUGGUGGAUCACCUGGUUGCAUCCAACCCUUUUGAGGAUGACUUCGGAGCCCCUAAGGUGGGGGGCGCGGCCCCUCCAUUUCUUGGCAGUCCUGUCCCCUUUGGAGGCUUCCGUGUACAGGGGGGCAUGGCAGGCCAAGUACCCCCAGGCUACGGCACUGGAGGUGGAGGGGGUCCACAGCCUCUUCGUCGACAGCCCCCCCCUUUCCCUCCCAACCCUAUGGGCCCUGCUUUCAACAUGCCCCCACAGGGCCCUGGCUACCCACCCCCAGGCAACAUGAACUUUCCUAGCCAACCCUUCAACCAGCCUCUGGGUCAAAACUUUAGCCCUCCCGGUGGGCAGAUGAUGCCAGGCCCGGUUGGGGGCUUUGGUCCCAUGAUCUCACCCACCAUGGGACAACCCCCCAGAGGGGAGCUGGGCCCUCCUCUCCCCCAGCGCUUUGCCCAGCCAGGAGCACCUUUUGGCCCUUCUCUUCAGAGACCUGGUCAGGGCCUCCCCAGCCUGCCCCCCAACACAAGUCCCUUUUCCGGUCCGGACCCUGGCUUUCCCGGCACUGGCGGUGAGGACGGGGGGAAGCCCUUGAAUCCACCUGCUCCCACUGCUUUUCCUCAGGAGCCCCACUCGGGCUCCCCUGCUGCCGCCGUUAAUGGGAGUCAGCCCAGUUUCCCCCCGAACAGCAGUGGGCGCGGUGGGGGCACUCCAGAUGCCAACAGUUUGGCGCCCCCUGGCAAGGCAGGUGGGGGCUCAGGGCCCCAGCCUCCUCCGGGCCUGGUGUACCCGUGCGGUGCCUGUCGGAGCGAGGUGAACGAUGACCAGGACGCCAUUCUGUGUGAGGCCUCCUGCCAGAAGUGGUUCCACCGAGAGUGCACGGGCAUGACUGAGAGCGCCUAUGGGCUGCUGACCACUGAAGCUUCUGCAGUCUGGGCCUGCGAUCUCUGCCUCAAGACCAAGGAGAUCCAGUCGGUCUAUAUCCGAGAGGGCAUGGGGCAGCUGGUGGCUGCCAACGAUGGGUGACACUGGCCAGGUGACCCAGGGAAGUGCAUACAUUCCUCCCUGCUCUUCCAGGGUGAUUGUUUCGCGUCUGGCUCUUAGUCCUUGUUUCCACUGGUGUCCCAUCCCCCUGGAGCAGAAACACAGUGGCUCCUGGGGGCAGAAGAGGAACUGGGGUGGGCAGGCAGGAGAACCUGGAUCACUCACUGUUGUGGGAACUUUCACGUGGAGAUCUACAGAGAUCCAGGAAACCAAAGCCCUGCUGAGCAGAGCCACCUUUUGUUGGCAGUCUCCGGAAGCCUCUAGGGGUAUGGCUGCAAGAGAGAAGAGGCUGGAGAAAGAUCUGGAAGGCAGAGAUGUCCCCUCCGCAGAUGGAUGGACGUCCCAAACACCUGUGCCUAACAUGCCUCUAUCUAGCCCCACAGCUCCAGCCUUAGUUUUUGGAGUCAAGUGUUAAGGGUUUCCGGCCAGAGGAGUUCCGGUCUCUUCCCAUUCCCUACAACAGCCCUUCCAUGGGCUCUGAGAGACAGCAUUGGGGGAUAAAAAGGGAUGUUCCCCUUUUUCUACUUUCCCCUUACCACCUCCAAAACCUGCUCAACUCUUCCCCACUCGGAGAACCAAAUAGUCUGAAGAAACAGGAGUUCUUGGCCACGGCAUUUUCUUGGUGAUUUGGGGCUUCGAGACAGUAGGUAAAGGAUGCUGUCGGGACACAUUUCCCUCAUACCAAAGUCACUGGUCCUUUCUCAGCCUUUCUCGAGCUUUUCUGCUAAUGACCAUAUUUUUUUUUUGCCAAAAACUGGGAUAUGUGGUCUGACAGACCAGAGUAUUUGGAAGUUUGGACAGCCCUGGAAGCCCUUACAGUGUUGUGCCCCGGCCCUGCCCAGCUGUUGCACAUCGUUCUCAGCGUUGGUCCUCAACUUCCGGUGCCCUCCUUCCCCCACCUCUCUGGCUUGAUUGCAGGAGAAAGCUUGAAAGGGCUCAGGGCCCUUAUACCUCAUUUCUUCUGAUAAAAGGAUCCCUGUCACAGCCUGUGGGUGGGGGAAGCAGCAGGACCCUCGUUGCCAAGGUACUGAAAUGCAGUUCAGAGCUUGGGUAUUCUCUCUUCCCCUGCUCCUUUAUAUCCUCAGGCCAGGUGUUCAGUACUCAUUUCUCAGGCAGAAUCCAAUGCUGUGCUUUGUUUUUAUUUUAAAGCACUGCCUGCCAGAGAUAAAGCCUGGGGCCUGUUGAGGAGCCCCUCACAGCUGAUCUUUAAGCGCUCCUGCACACAUUGCUCAGUGGGGCGGGGAGGGUUAGUGGUUGCCCAGACCCCAGCACGUGCAGAGGAGACAGGUAACGCUGCAGAACUCGGCUUGCCUGUCUAGUGCAGCCAGCCAGCCUUUGAGGCUGUGGGAAGAAAGGAGGGGCCUGUGGCCUCUUUGGGUCCCCACCCCCAACUUUAAAACAACAGAGAGUGGCCCCUCUGCUGGUCUUUGUGUUGUGUUUGUGGUUCUGUUGCCCCUUUCAUCUGUUGCUAUUUUUGUGCUGCCUUCCCCCACAUCAGCAUUUUGUAAAGUGGCUCCUGUGGGAAGCCUGCUCAGUCCCUCCCUCACUGUUUUGGAAGAAAGUGGGGGUGGCAGAGUUGAGGUGGUGGGAGAGGGGUCUUUUGUACUGUUGGAUUAAUAAAAUGACUUGAAAAUCCAGA